UCUUCCACUUUCGAAGUAACUUGAUGCCUAUUCCGCCCUCAGCUUCCGACAGCAUUCACUAUUUACCGGCGAGGACUAACUAGUGCGCAGAAGCUGGCGACAUGACCCCGGGUGUCCUCGUGAGUUGGAGUGAAGCGUUGCGGUGACUCCGGUGGGCAACUCCUCGCGUGCAGAGGAUGAGCAGACAGCCACCCCAGCAGCCCUCGCUCACACCGCCGCAAAACACGCUGCACUGCGCGAUGCGGCUCAGGGUCCAGCCAGGAGGCGACUGUCUCCUUUCUCCUCUCCGCUCGCAGCAUCUCUUGUCCGGCUUCACGUUAACACUUCCCCCGAGUACUUUACUGGACUGUUGUUGACGACUGCGCGUCCAGCGUUUGCUCGCUUUCCAGUCGCAACUGGGAAGUGCACCAUGAUCUGAUCGUUAAAGCCAAGCAGGCUGUAAUAGGAGUCACCUGGAAGCACAUGAUGGCCAAUAACAACGAACUGCAAACUGAUCCAGGCGGGCUGUCUGUGCUGCAACAACUCGGCUUGGACCAGAACUCUGACCUCUCGGACUCCAGUGUGCAGCAACGCCUGGAUGAGUACCGCGAGAGGAUCCGCAGGGAUAUCCGUAAGGAGCUGAAGAUCAAGGAGGGAGCGGAGAAUCUACGAAGGGCCACAACAGACAGGAGAAAUGCCCAACAGGUUGACUCGCAGCUCCGCAGUUCUAAACGCAAGCUGGAGUGUCUCCAUGCUCAACUACAGGAGCUGGAUGCACUCAUUGUGGUCAAGGGACACAAUGAGAAUAAAGAUGCUGCAACAUCACCAGGCUCGGUCAGUCGACCAUCUGCCAACCAACACCGCAUUGCUGCCUUGGAGCGGCAGCUUAACAUUGAAUUAAAGGUUAAACAGGGUGCCGAAAAUAUGAUUCCCAUUUAUGCCAAUGGCGCUACCAAGGACAAAAAGCUUCUCCAGACAGCUCAACAGAUGCUGCAGGACAGCAAGACCAAGAUCGACAUCAUCCGCAUGCAGAUCCGAAAGGCCAUGCAGGCCACGGAACAGUCUGAGGACAGCCAAUGCAAAGCUGACAUGUGUGGGGUUGAGCUGCGUGUUGAGGAGCUGUGGCAUCAUUACCGUGUGGAGCAUGCCAUGGCUGAAGGAGCAAAGAAUAUGCUGCGACUACUUGGUGCGGGAAAAGUCCAAGACAAAAAGGCUAUGGCGGAGGCACAAUGCGGUCUGAGUGAGUCAUCCCAGCGUCUGGACCUGCUCAGAUGCUCUCUGGAGCAGCGGCUACUGGAGCUCCCAGAGGACCACCCAAAGGCUUGUCUCAUCAAGGAGGAGCUGGCUUUGGCUUCCUCCUCAGCUUUCAGCUCUCGUCAUAGCACAUCCUAUGUUCACAACCAGUACAGCACCCUAAGUAAACCAUCACCUCUAACAGGAACUCUUCAAGUUCAUCUUUUGGGAUGUGUAGGGCUACCGGAGGUUGUCCCAGGCAGGACCCGAGGGACACCCGUGGUUCUUCCUGCUUACUCUACAGGAGAUGGACGUUCUUCAUUUAAAUUGAGUGGCCUCUACAGCCGCAGCACGAGUAGCAUGAGCCUUAAGAUCCCUGGCAAGAAUGAUGAACUGUCUCUGGAAGUGAGUGCAGUACUGAAGCUGGAGAACACAGUGGUAGGUCAGACCGCCUGGAGAACAUUUGGAGAUCAGACGUGGGAUCAAAGCUUCACGGUGGAGCUGGAGAGGUCUAGGGAGUUGGAGAUUGGGGUGUACUGGAGAGAUUACCGCUCUCUGUGUGCGCUGAAAUAUUUGAAGCUGGAAGAGUUUUUGGAUAACCAAAGACACAGAGUCAAGCUAGAGCUGGAACCACAGGGCCUGCUGCUGGCAGAGGUCACCUUUUUCAACCCAGUAAUAGAGAGAGGACGCAGACUGCAGAGACAAAAGAAUGUCUUUUCUAAACAGCAAGGUAAAGCGUUCUUGCGUGCCCGCCAGAUGAACGUGGAUAUCAGUACGUGGGUUCGACUCCUGCGGAAUGCCAUCCCCAGUGGAAGCAAUCCACCUGCAUUCACACCUGGUUUCUCAAGCAACACACUCACACAUGGCACUGGAGAAAUCUCUGUAGAAAAACUAACUCUGGACACAGAAUCCGCCCUCAAAGCUGAGCAGACGGUGGUAAUCGAGCCCCCUUCCAUGCCGGAUGUUCCUGUUCCUGACCCCCCGACCAGAUCACAUUCAAGGGACUCCUUGCGCAGACCAAGCAGAGGACAUGUUUGCCUGCAGGAUUUCAAGCUGAUGGCCGUUCUCGGCAGGGGGCACUUUGGCAAGGUGUUAUUGUCAGAAUACAAGCGAACAGGCAGCCUGUAUGCUAUCAAAGCCCUGAAGAAAGGAGACAUAGUCACGCGGGAUGAAGUGGAAAGUCUGAUGUGCGAGAAGCGAAUCUUUGAGACCGUCAACAGCUCUCAUCACCCGUUCCUGGUCAACCUGUUUGCAUGUUUCCAGACACCAGAACAUGUGUGUUUCGUCAUGGAGUACUCAGCAGGAGGGGACCUCAUGAUGCACAUUCAUGCAGAUGUCUUUUCAGAACCACGUGCUGUGUUCUACUCUGCUUGUGUGGUCUUGGGUCUGCAGUUCCUUCAUGACCAUAAGAUUGUUUAUCGAGAUCUGAAGUUGGAUAACCUGCUGCUGGAUUUAAAUGGUUUUGCCAAAAUAGCAGACUUCGGUCUUUGUAAAGAAGGCAUGGGAUACGGGGACAGGACCAGCACCUUUUGUGGGACACCUGAGUUUUUGGCGCCAGAAGUACUAACAGACACAUCGUACACAAGAGCAGUCGACUGGUGGGGGCUGGGGGUGCUGGUGUAUGAGAUGUUGGUCGGAGAGUCUCCUUUCCCUGGUGAUGAUGAAGAAGAGGUUUUUGACAGCAUAGUGAAUGAUGAAGUUCGCUACCCGCGCUUCCUCUCAACUGAGGCCAUCGGUAUUAUGAGACGGCUGUUGCGAAGAAAUCCUGAGAAGCGACUGGGCUCUGGAGAAAAAGAUGCUGAGGAUGUCAAAAAACAGCCUUUCUUCAAAGAUAUUGAUUGGGAGGCUCUUCUCCAACGCAAAGUGUCACCUCCUUUUGUCCCGAGCAUCACUGGAAAAGAAGACGUCAGCAACUUCGAUGUGGAGUUUACAGCCGAGGCUCCAACCCUCACACCGCCCCGCGAGCGACGCACCCUAUCCCGCAGGGAACAGGACUAUUUCAAGGAUUUUGACUAUGUUUCUGACCUGUGCUAAUGUCCAUGGAUUAGUGUUGUAGAUGGCCACAGCCAGCCUCAGACUCUGAGAUGGAGACAGGGAGUGGAUGGCUGAUUGAUGGAACUCAACAGGAGAGACAAAUAGCCAGAAUGUGAUCGCGUGUCUCGCACAUCUGCAGCAUCGCUGACCUGCUGACCUUUUAGACAAUCUAGAGGGGCUUUUAGAGGAAGUUGUGAUGAUAGCCGAAGAUAAUCCAGAUUAUGUAGCAACUGAGUUGACUGGUCCUGCUGUGUGUACUGUCUGUAGUCAAACAAAAAGUGCUCAUCGAGCCAAAAAGUAUCAGUCAGAAGCUGAUUUAUCGUCACGGCAGGUUUUUGUUUCCUGUAUUGUGUCUCUUUUUGUCUCUGCUGUGUGCUGUUGCUAUGUGUCGCCCUGAACCACGCUCAGUCAUGAAUGUAUGUCGACAGCCUCAGUCACGCACAACUUCAAAAUGAGCACUGGGGGGCGUCAGAAAAAAAAUUCUGCUUAUUGUCAGAUUUAUUCUGUUGCUUUUGGUUGAUUGUAUCAGAGAGCCAACACAUGAUGUUCUUUAAAUAAAAUGAAGCAAACUUGUAAAUGCUUUCUCUCCUGUUCUGCUGUGAAAUAACUGCUGCCAACGUUGUUUUAGAAUUCAAUUAACAACAUUCAACUAACCCACGGAUGUCGAAAAUAUCUUUUUUGAAGACAAUGGAUUGAAAGAAUAUACAAUCACUGUUAAAUUUACUGUUUUGCCAACAAAUACAGAGAUAAAAGUUAAUUUGGUAGUUUCCGUGGGCUAAAUGUGUUUGGUAUAAUGUUAACUUAACAUGAAGCUGAAUUCAUGGUCAGUGGGAUUUGAACCCAGAACAAAAUGGUGUGUUUCUGCAUCAUUACAGGUGUUUAACCACUGUGACUACUGACUACCAAUCUUUCCGUCUUUAAUUACAAGUUAGACAUUUUAGUUU